UGAAGGAGUCUGAGAGAAGAAGCGGAUAAACUAACGGUUCUGUUCUGCCGAACCGAGCGGGUUCUAACCGGGUCACAAAGCGGAAAACAUGGCGUCCUAUCGGCUCCUUUGGCUCACUGCUGUCUGCUUCCUCAGCUCCGCGUGGGCCGAACAGCGGAAGCUCUCGCCAGAAAAUCUGCUGGUCAUUACCGCGGCAACGGAGGAGACGGACGGCUUCAGGCGCUUCGUGAAGACGGCGGCGCAGUUCAACUACAGCCUGAAGGUGCUGGGUCUGGGGGAGGAGUGGAAGGGCGGAGACGUGGCCCGGACGGUGGGCGGAGGUCAAAAGGUCAGGUGGCUGAAGGAGGAGCUGCUGAAGCACUCGGAGGACCAGCAGCUGGUCGUCAUGUUCGUGGACAGCUACGAUGUCAUCCUGGCGGCCGGUCCAGAUGAGCUUCUGACCCGGUUCUCCUCUCUGGGUCACCGGGUCGUUUUCUCUGCUGAGGGGUUCUGCUGGCCCGACCAGCGCCUGGCCUCCAAGUACCCCCAGGUGCAUUCUGGGAAGCGCUACCUGAACUCUGGAGGUUUCAUCGGGUUCUCCUCGGACCUGGCCGCCAUCGUCCAGCAGUGGAAGUUCAGGGACAACGACGACGACCAGCUGUUCUACACCCGGAUCUACCUGGACCAGAAGCAGAGGACCCGGUUCAACAUGACUCUGGACCACCGAUCCAGGAUCUUCCAGAACCUCAAUGGAGCCAUCGACGAGGUUGUCCUGAAGUUUGAGAGGUCAAAGGUCAGAGUGAGGAACGUGGCCUACGACACGCUUCCUGUGGUCAUCCACGGCAACGGACCCACCAAGCUGCAGCUCAACUACCUGGGAAACUACGUCCCAACGGCCUGGACCUACGAACAUGGCUGUGGAGGCUGCGACGACGACCUGCUGUUGCUAGGCGACCGCCAGGAGGAAGACCUCCCUCUGGUCUUCCUCUCCGUCUUCAUCGAACAUCCGACUCCCUUCAUGGACGAGUUCCUGGAGCGUCUGGCCACCAUGAACUACCCUAAAACUCGGAUCCGCCUCUUCAUCCACAACAACGUGGUGUACCAUGAACAACACAUCCAGCGGUUCUGGGAGCGCCACAGGGUUCUGUUCCCGGACGCGGUGCUGGUCGGACCCGAGGAGAACCUGCCAGAGGAGAAGGCCAGAACCAUGGCGAUCGAGGCGUGCCAGAAGAACCCGGGCUGUGGUUACUUCUUCAGCAUCGACUCGGACGUGGCGCUGACCAACCCGGACACGCUCCGGAUCCUCAUAGAGGAGAACAAGUCCGUCAUCGCCCCCAUGCUGUCCAAACACGGCAAACUGUGGAGUAACUUCUGGGGCGCUCUGAGUCCGGACGGGUUCUACUCGCGCUCCGAGGAUUACAUCGAGAUCGUCCAGGGCAAGAGGGUCGGGCUCUGGAACGUCCCCUACAUCACCCAGGUCUACCUGGUGAAGGGCAGCGUCCUGCGGUCCAAACUGUCCCAGGCCAGCCUGUUUGUGGACGAAGGAAUGGACCCGGACAUGGUGUUCUGCAGAACCAUCAGAGACCAGGUAACCCCGCAGGCUUUGUACCAGAACCCGAUCCGAUUCCUCUGCACUGGACUCACCACCGUGUGUCCUCAGGGCGUCUUCAUGUUCGUCUCCAACCGAGACGAGUUCGGCCGACUGGUGGCGUCCACCACCUUCAACACGUCCAGACUCCACCCGGACAUGUGGCAGAUCUUCGACAACCCACUGGACUGGAGGGAGAAGUACGUCCACGAGAACUACUCCAAGAUCUUUGAGGAGGACAGCAGCGUGGUGGAGCAGCCCUGUCCAGAUGUCUACUGGUUUCCUGCCUUCUCUGAGAAGAUGUGUGACCAUCUGGUGGAGACCAUGGAGGACUACGGCCAGUGGUCCGGAGGCUCCCACAAGGACGAGCGUCUGUCCGGCGGCUACGAGAACGUCCCGACCGUGGACAUCCACAUGAACCAGAUCGGCUUUGAGAAGGAGUGGCUCAAGUUCCUGAAGGACUACAUCGCCCCCGUCACCGAGAAGCUCUACCCUGGAUACUACCCCAAGGCCCACUCCAUCAUGAACUUUGUGGUCCGGUACCGCCCAGACGAGCAGCCGUCUCUGCGGCCGCAUCACGACUCGUCCACCUUCACCAUCAACAUCGCCCUGAACAGGAAGGGCGUCGACUACCAGGGCGGGGGCUGCAGGUUCCUGCGCUACGACUGUAAGGUGGAGUCUCCCAGGAAGGGCUGGUCCUUCAUGCACCCCGGCCGCCUCACCCACUACCACGAGGGCCUGCCCACCACCCAGGGCACCCGCUACAUCAUGGUGGCUUUCGUCGACCCCUGAUAACCCCAGGGGUGUGUGAGUGUGUGUUUGUGGACCUGAACGCGUCAUACGGGUUUCUGCCAUUCCACUCUUCACGGUUCUCUGACAGGAACCUGAACGCAUCAUCAGCAUCAAACGGACAGAAAAACACGUCACACUUCCUGGCCCUGAACGCAUCACGGCCGGGCUUUUCACAAUAAGAGUCUUUAAUGAUUUAAUCAGAGGUCACCAUGCUGCCUUACCUGAGUCUAUGCAAGAACACACUCCAAGUGUGUGUGUGUGUGUGUGUGUGUGUUCAGGAACACAUCAGGACUUGAACUCAUGACUGCAGCUCCCUCUGUCCAGCAGAGGGCGCUCCGUCACCAUAGUAACCUGCAACAUGUUACCAUGGUGACGCUCCAGGAUCCAAUCACCAUUCAACCCAACCGAUUUUAACCAAUCAGCAGCCUGAGGCUCUGAUUGGACGUUUGUUACUAUUUAUGGGAUGUUUAGAUUUUACGGUUACCGGGGCAACGCUAGAGGGUUUUAUACUGUUGUAAAUGUUUAGCUGUGAGGUUCUGGUUCUGGACUGGUUCUGUCUGGAGGAAGCAGAACAAACCGCUCUAAGUUAUUUGUUUCAAGGAACUGAAUAAAGUUUUAGUAAACUGA